UCUCUUCUCUCGUCUCCCAGGGAAAUAAAUCAAAAUGAUCACCGGCAAAGACAUGUAUGACGUACUAGCGGCAAUGGUGCCGCUAUACGUAGCUAUGAUGCUUGCCUACGGUUCGGUACGGUGGUGGGGAAUAUUCACACCGGACCAAUGUUCCGGUAUAAACCGGUUCGUUGCGGUUUUUGCGGUUCCUCUUCUGUCUUUCCAUUUCAUUUCCUCCAAUGAUCCUUAUGCCAUGGAUUACCAAUUCCUCGCCGCCGAUUCACUUCAGAAAGUCGUCAUCCUCUCCGCACUCUUUCUUUGGCAGGCGUUUAGUCGGAGAGGAAGUCUAGAAUGGAUGAUAACGCUAUUUUCCCUAUCGACACUGCCCAACACGUUGGUAAUGGGAAUUCCAUUGCUCCGGGCGAUGUACGGAGACUUUUCAGGCAACUUAAUGGUGCAAAUCGUGGUGCUUCAAAGUAUUAUAUGGUAUACACUAAUGCUCUUCUUGUUCGAGUUCCGUGGUGCUAAGCUUCUCAUCUCCGAGCAGUUCCCGGAAACCGCCGGUUCCAUCACUUCUUUCCGAGUUGAUUCUGACGUUCUAUCUCUCAAUGGCCGUGAACCCCUCGAGACCGAUGCGGAGAUAGGUGACGACGGAAAGCUCCACGUGGUGGUCCGAAGAUCAAGCGCUGCCUCAUCGAUGAUCUCAUCGUUCAACAAAUCCCACGGCGGAGGAUUUAACUCCUCCAUGAUCACGCCACGUGCCUCAAAUCUCACUGGCGUCGAAAUAUACUCUGUCCAGUCGUCUAGAGAGCCAACGCCGAGAGCUUCGAGCUUUAACCAGACAGACUUUUACGCUAUGUUUAACGCAAGCAAAGCUCCGAGCCCUCGUCACGGCUACACCAAUAGCUAUGGAGGCCCCGGAUCAGGCCCCGGAGGAGAUGUUUACUCUCUUCAGUCGUCUAAAGGAGUGACGCCGAGAACGUCAAAUUUUGACGAGGAAGCUUUGAAGAACGCGAAGAAAGGAGGUAGAGGAGCGAAAAGUAUGAGUGGUGAAUUAUACAACAAUAACAGUGUUCCGUCGUACCCACCACCGAACCCGAUGUUCAAGGGGUCAACGAGCGGAGCAAGUGGAGUCAAGAAAAAGGAAAGUGUAAGUGGUGGAGGAGGCAGCGGCGGAGGAGGAGAGCAGAACAAGGAGAUGAACAUGUUUGUGUGGAGUUCGAGUGCUUCUCCAGUGUCGGAAGCCCACGCGAGGAACGCUAUUACCAGAGGUGCCUCCACCGAUUCAUCCACCGACCCUAAAGCUUAUCUUCCACCUCACGAAAACCUCGCUUCCAAAGCGAUGCACAAUCUGAUAGAGAACAUGACACCCGGAAGAAAAGCACAUGUGGAGAUGGACCAAGAGGGUAAUAACGAAGGGAAGUCAGGGGUAAAUUCGUCACCUUACAACGGAAAGAAGGGCAGUGACGUGGAAGACGGUGGUCCCGGCGGUCCGAGGAAACCACAGAUGCCGCCGGCCAGCGUGAUGACGAGACUAAUAUUGAUAAUGGUUUGGAGAAAACUUAUUCGAAACCCUAACACUUACUCUAGUCUCUUUGGCCUUGCCUGGUCCCUUAUCUCCUUCAAGUGGAAUAUAAAGAUGCCAACAAUAAUGAGUGGAUCGAUUUCGAUAUUAUCUGAUGCAGGUCUUGGCAUGGCUAUGUUUAGUCUUGGUCUCUUUAUGGCAUUGCAACCGAAGAUAAUUGCAUGCGGAAAAUCAGUGGCAGUCUUCGCGAUGGCCGUGAGGUUCUUGACCGGACCAGCUGUAAUCGCAGCCACCUCGAUUGCAAUUGGUCUUCGAGGCAGUCUCCUCCAUGUCGCCAUCGUUCAGGCUGCUCUUCCUCAAGGAAUCGUUCCUUUUGUUUUCGCCAAGGAAUAUAACGUCCAUCCUGAUAUUCUCAGCACUGCGGUUAUAUUCGGAAUGCUGGUUGCUUUGCCUGUAACAGUACUCUACUACGUUCUUUUGGGCAUUUAAGCUAUAAUCAAAACGUAGUGGCAAAUCAAAGGCGAUCGAUACGACCAAAGGUGAAUUUUUAAAACAUAAAGAUUUACUAAGAAAAACCAAGACUAAUUCAUCCAGGUCAGGCUUAGGUGGAUGGACCAUCAUGCAAUGUCGCAUUAAAUUAAUUUAUAACAUUUGGUAGUAGAGAUUUUAGUUAGUUUGGUGUAAUUUAUACGCACAUGCAUGUACGUGACUCUAUGUAACAUUUAUUAAAAUUUUGGGAUGUGCGUACAAUAGUUUUUUUUUAAAUUUGUUUUUGUUUCUUCUGUUUA